UAAGACUCCGUGGGCUACAUUUUAAAAACCAAAGUAUAGAAUAUGUCAGUUCAAGGUCUUUCUCAGCUGUCUAAAUAUUCUGAAAUUUAUCUUAUUAUUAAUGAGAGGAAAUGAAAGUUAUUUUAGUAUAAUUGGCUGUUCAAGGAAGAUUUUAAAGAUAAUGACAAAAAUGAAGUAAAGUAAAAAUGAAGUGGGAAAAAAUUGGAUACAAGACAAUCAAGUAACAGACCUCUGGAGGAGGCAAAUCACCUUGGGACAAAAAGUAAAUAGUAUUUUCCAUGAUGAAAAAAAAACUGACAAAAUUUAGGAAUGGCAGACUCUUUAUCAUCAUGUACAACCAACAUUUAUGUUUUUUAAUUUUCUGUGGAAAAUACCAUUAUCUUUAAUUAAGAAUCUAAUGAUAAAUCCUCUUUGGAAUGUUAUUUCAUAUCCCCUUUGGAAUACCUGCAGAUGCUGAAAAGAACUUGAAAUGUUUUCUUGUUGCUUGUAAAUGUUAAGGGAAAAACUGCUUUUCAAAAUAUUGGUUACAGGAUAAACUUCCAGAGAACAGAGCUUUUAAGGUUUCUCUCCCUUCUAUUUUAAUCCAAUAAUCUGUAUAUAUUUUUCAGUAUAUUUUUCUGCAUCUCUUGAUAUGAAUCUUGGAUAAUGAAUAGUGAGUAUGAAAUGAUGGGGAUGGAAGAAACUUUGUCCACUUGAAAAGAAUUUAUUAUUUUUACCCUAGUUUGCACAGUGUCAUUUUAAAUAAGUGCUACUCUGGAGAAGGAUUUUAUUGUUUUGAACCACAGGUUUUAUAUUACCUUAAAAAAAAAAAAAAAAACAAACCUUUCAGCCGCAAGUUGGAUGCUUCUGGCAGCAUUACAAAUCUAGCACCACCCAGGGAGGGAGUGCAUUUGCUUCUUCACUCACUUCUGUCAGGAUAGAGGAAUGCUGGACAUCCAGAGACAAGGGAGGCUGCAAGACACUGCUCCCCAGUCCCACACCCUGGGCAUCCUUCUAUUGGAACACACAGGUAUGUACAAUGUGGUGCUGAUUCAAGGGGAGAAUUCAUGUAAGCCAGUCUUGAAAGUCAAAUGCAUUGCACUAAAGGUGCCUAAUAAGUCUCCUCAACACCUUCAGGGAGUUCAACUUGACCUGAUUUAGGUCAGAAGGUUCUCAUCUCACCCAAUAAAUUCCUGAAAGGGUCCUUUUGUGUUUUAUUACUUGUAUCUUUGUAUAUCACUUUGCAGACUGCUUUUCUACAGGCUACACAAAAAUAGCAACUAAAUGUUUGGGGUUUUUUUUUUGUUAAAAAUCCAUGGCUAGUUGUUAAUGUUAUUUUUUUAUGUUGAGAAAUUGCAAGAUCUAAAAGCAAUGUUUAUUGCUGAACAAUGAAAUGUCAUAAAGUUUAGUUUUCACUGUCAAAGUUUUAAAAUGGCAAAAGGAUAAAAUGUAAGACAAAAUAAGACAGUGAACUGAAAUCUAUAUAGAUAAGAUUUCACCAUAAUAUGGAAGUAGUCCCAAAUAUAAAAAUCAGUGCUUUGGUUCUUAAUAAAUUUUUAAUAUCAUAAAUUAUCUUCUCACUUAGAUGUCAGAAACUGAGCUGGAAAAGAUAAAAGUAAGAACAUCUGAGCAUUUUGAAAAUGAUAAAAAUAAUAUUUCUUGGUUGAAAGAAGAUAUGCAACUCACAAAUGAAAGGCAUGCAGACGAGAAACCCAUUAAUGCUAUCGUUAUAAAUUCAGUAUCCGAAUUCAAUAUCACAGAUGGACCAGCCAAGGAAACCCCCAAUGAGAAAAAACUGUCAGAAUCCAGCACAUCACUGUCCUCCCUUGAAGAAUGCCAAACGAAAUUUUCCUACCUCCAAACUGAUACUUCAGUUCAUCACAGAGACACUGAUGAGGAGUGUGCCUCCCUGAUCCUCACCUGUCUGUUUUGCCAGUUUUGGGACUGUCUCCUGAUGCUCCCUGAUACGUGCGAAACGGUGUGUACCAACUUGUGCUGCCCCUCUCACAGGUACCACCCCACUUCGGAUGAAAACCACUCUCGGAAUGAUUGUAACUGCAACUGUGACAUGGACUGCAGCCUUUUUGAAUCUUGCCACGAGACCAGCGACUGUCUGGAGCUGGCCAUGGAGAUUUCAGAAAUCUGCUACCGCUAGUGCAGCAAGGUACCCACAUUCCCACAGUCCUUUGGGCCACAGUGGGGAACUCCAUUACAGCAAGACUGUGAUUUCCAUGUGCUGAAAUGCAAGGACCAUACACAUUUCUUGGAUGCUUUAGGCCAUUUUUUUCUGCACCUGUCUGGGAAAGCUAGUAUUGUCAACUCAGUGGUCGUAUUCCAAAUUUCACAACCGCAUGGCUCACUGAAAAAUAAGAUUCUUGAUCACAUGUGAUGAACAAAUCUUAAAUACCUCUUAAAUAUCAUAGGUACAAGAUGUUGCUAGACUAUAAAAUAGCAUGCUAAACAGCUCGAUGUUACUCCACUCAUCAGCUUGCACCAUGGAUUCAACCUCAUUCACAAAUUCAGGACAAAUUAGUGCAUUCUUUCAGAACUGACAUAUAUUAGCUCAUCUUUCUAAUGGACUCAUGCAUAAACAUUAUGCAUUGUUGGUUAUUAUUAAUAAUGUAUUGUAUAACAUCAUUUUGUAAUUAAAAAUUUAUUUAUACAGUCUCUUAAAAUUCACUUAUAUGUACAGUUUAGGUAGGAAAGGGAAUUAAAUGAAUUAGAAACCAUGUUCCUGUAAUUACAACAGAUGUCUCUGAAACAUCUCCAGUGAAUUUUGAAUGUAGUAUAUACUUCAAGAGAGUACUGAUUCUAGACCACAUUACUAUAUACCUAUUACUAUAUAUCAUAAUAGGUUAUGCAUAUUCUCAAUUUGUUACAGAAAGGCUCUUCUUUAUUCUAAUAAGCAUAAAGGAGAAUUAUCUGCAAGUUUCAAGAAAAUGAUCUCUGAUAAUCAAUUCUUCACUUCCCUCUUUUCUGUAGGUCAAAUACAAUAAGCAACAGGAUAUUAAAAAUAGAUUCAGUUCACUGUACCAAACUAUCAUUUGUAUAGGCACCCAAAAGAAAAACACAUGCCAGUACUUAUUCAGCACUGAGUUUCCUAAUACAGCCUGCGCUUCAGAAACUUUAUUGUUUUUUUAUGGAUAACUGAAGUAAUUCAUAAUUAUGAUGAGCACUUCUUUAUACAAAUUAUUUUUUGUAGUUUUGAUAUAGACUGGAAAGUGAUUUUCAACUCAAACAAUACAAACACUUUGUGGGCAAGUCACAUUUAGUUUGAAGUUACGUUGAACCUUCUUUACUUGUGGCAGGCAUGUUUCUACAGUUGUUAGGCAAAUACACUGCUCAUUAAUUUGUGCAUAUAUAUUCCCAUGGAGAUAGCUUAAUGUAUUUACUGAAUAGUUAAAUAGCUUAAUGUAUCAAUAACCAAGCAAAGAACAGAAAACUGAAAUGGAAAGUUGACAGAAAUGUUAUGAUUUGGAAAACUACCAGAAAAAAAGUCCAAAAUAUCUAUUUUUUCCUGACAGGUAAUUUUAGGCAAAAGCAAUAUUGUUUUAAAUCUGUGGUAAACUAGCACGUGUUUCUAAUCUGCAAUAAAUUCCCAAACACUGAAAACUGUUAAUCUUCAAAACAAUAUUUUUGAGCUUCCCCUAAAAGGUAUUUAACUGUUCUUGACUUGUUCUUGAUAGCACAGUGCAUUCAUGGUUAAUGCCAGCUCCACUGUUGCUUCACUGCUAUGCUACUCACAAACCACAGAGCAUGAGACUGCCCCCUGCCUACUAUAAAACACUUCAUUCUCUCUGCUUCUCAGAAGCUCAGAGAUAGCUCUACUCUCUAGGCAUAGAACUUGUAGAUCAUUAAAAAAUAAACAAACAGUGGAUUCUUAGAACAGGAAGAGAAUCUAGGGUUCUUCUUAGCCAACAUUCUCAUAUUUCUUAAGAGAAAAAGGCAGCCCUAAGAAAUGACUCAGCCAAGACCACAGAGUGAGUUAAUGGCAGUGUCAGGAACUCCAACUCAGGGUCUAAUUUUCUGAGCACACUGCACUCUCCCAUGGUUCCUCAUUUCUCAGUCCAGCUGAUAACAGUGAAAAAACUGUUAACAACUGUUAAAACAGUAGCUCAUCAAUAGUUUCAACCUUGAACCUCCUCAGUGCUUCCUCCACUCCCUAACCACCCUGAACCUCUCCAAGCAUCCACCCUCCUAUUCGGUCUAGUGUCUAAAGGAGGAACAUAAAGGUCUGCAAGCAGGGUCUCCACAAUGCUAUUCCAGGAACAAGGAACCUGGUGUCACUGGUCAGGCUGUGCCAUAUUCAUGUUAAAUAUUUUGACCAUUAUCCCCUUAUUCUUUCUAGCCUACCGACCCUCAAAUUAUGUAACAAUCACUCAUUUCAAAUGUGAAUUGAAUUCUUGUGAAUUAGACACAUUAACAUUGCCAAGUCUUAUUUUAUAAUGUGGUCAGAAUUCUACAACUUUCUGUGGUCUUGUUUUCUACGGGUUGUUAACUUGUUCCUCACUUUCAGAAUUCACUGUGCUAUAACAGAAAGGACUGGUUACACAAAGUAUGAAAUUUCUUUUCUUUAUAAGCAAUAAUAAAAUAUUGUCCUUCUUUGCAAACAUGAAUGGCUGUCUCAAUUGAAUUCUUACACAAUAAAACAUACACAUCUGGGAAAAUACAACUGAAGAAGAGAUCAAGAAGGGAUGUGGUUAUUGAUUAAACCCAAAUAUCAGAAUCUGAUAAGGUUCAGCUAUCUUCUGCAAUGGUGAAACACUGUGAUUACAAAUAAAGAUAACGUUCUUUAACGUGAGGCUGUUAAGGGACAGAGUAUUCUGACUUAAGGAAGCACACUAGGAUAAAAGAGAUUUGAGAAUAAUACAGCUUUUAUAGAGAACAGAGAACAGAGAUUUUUCCCCCACAGCAAUAUGACCAUAGAGUUACAUUGUCGUUGCUUUG